AUGAAAUCUGCAUACUUAGACGCUGCGACAGCCGGCCAAGGAGCCCAAGACAGCGAGUUUCUGUGGGUGGAUUACCAGGAUGGAAAAACGCAGGACCUUCCUGUUGCUCGGACCAAACAAGCCUUUAUUCGAGCCCGCAGUCAUCGAUUACGGCGGGAGGCGAAAAUGCAGAAAUUAAAGGCUUCUAUUACCCCGUUCCCGACUGGUCCAGUGCAGCCACCUGCCGAAAAGCAUUAUAAAACUCGCCCCAAUGGUCAUGAUCGAUGGGCACCGGUACUAUACCAAUCUCCUCGAGCCGGGGUAGCAGAAGCCUUUCCCUCUCUGGGCUCUGCUUCGAACGUGGAUCUUCACUUUGACUACUAUGCGGCUGACUGCACCAUCACUGCAGACCGGGUUUAUGUCUCCAAAGUUUCGUUUCCCUUUAGUGCCACCGAGAUGUCAUCCUGGUUCUUCCGCAAUGCCCUAGAUCAGCCGGCCCUGGCUGAAAGCGUGUUAUUCCUGAGUGCAUCGAGCCACACCGCGAAUUUAGUGACGCGUGGUGCAGCGACGCGCGAAGUGCGAAAGUCUUUUCGAGAUAUAAUCCAGCUCCGUUCUCGAGUCAUGAAGUCGCUGCAGGGGAUCAUCAUGCAUCCUUCCGAGACGCAAAGAGAGUUGACAGUCGCGGUGAUUGCGAAUCUCCUUUGUGUGGAGGCAGCUCAAGGCAACUUGGAGGAAGUUGAUGCGCAUGUUGUUGGCCUGAAAGGAAUCAUCCAUGUGUUAGGAGGGUUGGAAGCUUUGGGAGACUGGACUCUAUCGACUCUAUAUUGCUGUGACCUCAUGAGGGGAUUACUGAUAGAUUCCCCGCCGGCCUUCGACCUUCUGCCCAAGUGGGUGCUGAAAACCCAAACCGGGUGCACUUAUGUCAAGUCAUACGACGCUUCUUCGAUCGGAGAACGUUUCUUUAGUUCUGAGUGGUCUCUAAAUACUCCUAUCCAGCUGCGGUCAAUCAUUCAGUCCUUCCAACAACUCGUUCCUUGCUUCGAGAGCAUGGCUGACUCGGAAUCACGGACCCUCACCUUUGAAAACGAUUAUUUGUUGCUCCAAAUGCACCGACUAUAUUCCCUGCCGUACGAUUGUCCACUGGGGCCCUUGCAAAAUACGAUCAGGCUCUCAGUGAUAAUCUAUGCUGUUAUCCGAAUCUGGAAGUUUGAAGGAAAGCCAGGUAUCGAGUGCCUCAUCCAAAGACUUCAACAAUGCAUCGAAGAAAGCCUCGAUGAUCUUGAGCGGACGGCACCAGACCUACUGUUUUGGGCUCUAUUUUUGGGUAGCCUUGCCUCUUUAGGGCUGCCAUCCCAUGGCUGGUGUUUGGCACGCGUUCGAAAGGCUGCGGUGCAACUUGGUCUGAAGAAUUGGAAUGACGCAAAGCGGGUUCUGGAGGGCUUUUUUUUCGUAUGCCGUCCACGCAAUGAGAAUGCCAAAGCCCUUUGGGAUUCAGACAUAGAACGUUCCAUCAGCCGUUUGUGA